AUGGGUAAGUGGCUGCGUCACAACCGUUUCGUUAACAGUUUAUCAUUCUUUUUGUUUAUCGCUACUCUUUAAUGGCUUUACAACGCCUAAAGGUCAACUGUUCGCUUUACACUCUGACAGUGCUUUUUCGGUACAAUAAUAUAAAUAAAAUAUGAUACAUACAUAACAUAUCAGAGCACGCUCGCACGUACUUUUUGGCAUUAAACACUUUUCAAAUCUGAAUUCAAUAUUUAUUUGGACUAAAGUUGUGGUUUCAGGGAAGAAGUGUCAGAUUUGCAAAAAGAAAUGCUCGGGAGACAUCCUGAGGGCAGAUGGGGACAAAUACUUUCAUAUUGAUUGUUUCAAGUGCAAAGGUAGGUGCUGAGUCAUCCUUCUGAUUCUGAGUUUAGCGUGCGGAGAUCUCCUCAGUGAAACCGGGUUCUACUCCACAGCUGAUGGAACCUACCUCUGCCCCACCCAUUACAAGAGCCUCACCUCCCCUCUGGCGGUUAAUGCCGAGCGUGGGAAUUCCGCUGAUAAAGGGCUGUCGAGUCCGUCAUCGCCUACGGGUCAGUUUUUUGGUUUCUUAUCACUUCUUUGAGGUUAACAGCACGAACUACUGUUUUAAAAUUUACAAGAACAUAGAUCAAUGUACCUUUUACGGUAUUUUUUAUAAAAAAAACAUUUUUUGAGAAUCUGAGAUAACUUGUCAUAAAAAUAAUGCAAAAAGUUUAGGCUAACUACGGUCGUCGUACUUUUUCGUAAUACGAACAAAAAGUUUGCAUUAUUAUCACAAUUUUAAAUGUAAAACGAUUACAAGUUCCAUUAAUAUCUAAAUUGCUAACCUUUGGUUGCAAAAUUAAAAUAUGGUCAAAUUUCUAUAAUCGAAAUGAUAAUUAAAUUACUUUUUCAGCAUGCGCAGCCUGCGGGGAUCUGUUAAGCAGUGGCCAAGUACUACAAGCUCUGAACAAAAGCUGGCACGUUUCGUGCUUCAAAUGUGCCGAAUGUGAUGCCGUUCUACAAGGUGAAUAUAUGGCAUUUGAGAACAAACCCCUAUGUAUCCGUGACUACAACAACAAGCAUGGUGUACGCUGUUACGAAUGCGACAAGUUCAUCGCUGGAAGGGUUUUACAGGUCAGUUUUUUUAAAUUUAUCAGGGAAAUUUUUGAAAAAAUUGGUUUUUUAAACUUUAAAAUAAUAUCAAAACAAACGCUUUUUUUAAAUUUCGAAAAAGUUUUUUUCGAUAAUAUUUUUCCCAACUGACAUUUCUGAAUUUUUUUUCAAAAGUCGUCAGUCAAAUCAUAGUAGUGACAAAACUUUAAUGACGACUUACAUAACUUUACUAAAACAACAAGAAUUUAAAAAAAUGACCCUUAGAACUCAGCUUUUGGCCUCAGGCGUUGUUGUUUACUCGAGACAAAUAAUCCAAUUUCCAGGCCGGCACCUACAAAUUCCACCCGACCUGCGCACGAUGCACACGAUGUGGGAAUCACUUCGGCGACGGUCAGGAGAUGUACAUCCAGGGCAACGACAUCUGGCAUCCCCAGUGCGAAGACUUCCCCACCGAUAAUUUGGCGGUCAGUAAGAUUAGUUUGAUUAUGACAAAAAGCCAAAAGCGAAGGGGGGGCAGAAAGCAAGGAAAGAGGUGAAGUGCAUUAAGCAGGACGUUUCAAGGACGGCACUUUGAGGACGCCGUACCCUUUUUCGUGCACAUCCCCACCGCAAACAGAUCAAGUCCGGGAGCAGGAGUUUUCGGGUAGGGACAUUUCGGGUAGCGACUUUUCGGGUAGGACAUUUCGGGUAAUGGACUUUUCGGGUAGGGACUUUUCGGGUAAGGAAUUUUCGGGUGAUGUAUAUUUCGGGCAAUGGUAAUUUCGGGUAGGGAUUGUUCGGGUAGCUACUUUUCCUACCCGAAAUUACCAUUGCCCGAAAUAUCCAUCAUCCGAAAAGUCCCUACCCGAAAAAUCCAUUACCCGAAAUGUCCUACCCGAAAAAGUCGCUACCCGGAAUGUCCCUACCCGAAAAGUCACUAACCCAUCAAGUCCCACCCCUUGCUUCUGCCUUUUGAUUGUAGUAGAUUAAGUUGAAAAGGUAAAAGUAACCCGGUGAUCUCGAACCGAGCAAACCAUUGUUUUUUGUAUACGAUUGUUUACUUUCGCUAAUCCAAACGUGUCAAUCUUUUCAGUUAACCAAAUCCCCCUCCAAAAUGUCACAGCCCAAGUAUCAGAAUGCGUUGGCCCAGCAAGUCACCUACAUGUAUAUGUUGCCAGAAGCCGAACAGACCUACCUAAAACAUCCGAUCGCACCCCACCCUCCGCCCCCUGCACAAUACCACACCCCACAGGCCCCGAUCAAGAUCAGGAAGUCAAGAAUGGCCAUGCUCAAGACGGGAAUGCAAAGGCUGGCAGAAGAUCUCGAGUCCAAAACAGUGCCUCGGGCAAAGUCACCUCAUAUGGAUAAUGAGGAACCGAUCGAGUUGGCACACUACCCAGGAGCUCGAGAACCGGAACCAGACGAGGUACCAGCGAUAGAAAGGGAAGACUUCCCUGCACCACCUUAUCCCUACGCCGUUGAAGGUAAGCACGUUAUUGUUAUAAAUGUUAGUGAUUAAGUUUUUAGUAGUAAGUUAAAAUAUUCAAAUUAAGGUUUAAUUUAAACGAAACGUCACAACUAAAGUAAUUCAUUUCAAAUUGUUCAGAGCUCAAGCGACGUUUGUCAUCGUCAUCAGUAGAGAACGAUGACGAAGAAGACGACUACGGAGAUCAGACCAAGAUUGACAUAAACAAGAUUGAGAAGAACGUGAAAGCCUUGGAGAAUCUCGACAAAUCUUCGUCGAUCGCCCAUGUAAUCAAACAGAACAUCGAAGAAAGCAAGAACCAACAACGACAUCCUUUACAUUGGGACCCUCGAAACGCCGCCAGAGCACCCUCAGGCAAGAAAAUGCCACAUCUCAGAUUCCGAUACGAUACUCCUGUCAAUGCAUGUAAGUGCUACAGAAUUUAUUUUUUUACAUUAACAUAUUUUUAAAAUUUGUAAAGAUGAUAUUGUAGAUGCAGUCAUCUUUCAUAAAAAACUGCCAAACGUGUAUAAAAGUGUUUAUUGUUUGUUUUACUUCGAUUCGAUGUGCAAAUAAGUGUCUUAUAGCCACGAGUGUAUACUAUAUUUGCUCUUUCAGCUCCUUCUCGCCAUUCAAAUCGGCCGCGACCAUGGGCUUAUUGGGUUGAUGGGGCUGAUCGAUCAGCGACGACUAUCAUACCAUCCUUCCACGUGCCUGGUAAAGGUGGUACUCUUGGUACACGUGCUGCCACCCUACCAGAAGGUUACUUCUACGGCGACACUUUGAACUCUACCUUCUCUGAUCGUGAGUUUUUUUAAUUUCUGAGAUUUUGCAUUUUUUAAAUUUCAAGAGAAAUUAAAUUUCGGUUAUUUCGGGUUUUUGAACUUUUUCCUUUUGGUUUUUAAGCUUCUGUCAUUACUUUUUGAACCACAUGUCACUUUCAGACUCGCUGAACUUGUCCGCCGGCGACAACGACCAGAGCUUCUCUCCGACCGGCGACAUCCGCACCAACCUACGCACUUCACUACCAGACUUGAACAAGAAGGUCAAGACCUACAAGUUGGAGGAGCUGCAGACCCACAACAACAAACUGCCUUCAGACGUCGACCGCCAACAUCUGGAGCGGCAUCUGAAUCGGGACGAGUUUGAGGAGAUCUUCGAAAUGACGGCCAUCGAGUUCUACAAGUUGCCGGAAUGGAAGCGCGUCAAUCUGAAGAGGAAGUUCAAGUUGUUCUAG